AUGGGGACCGAUGCCCUACAAAAUGAGAUAGCACCACAGAGCCCACACCGGGCGGCUUCUGUGGGCAUUCCAAUACAGUCAAUUUAUGCUGAUGAAUCACAUGUCAAUGAUUCAAACAGCGUUCCAAAUGGCCCGUCCGCUGAUUGCGCUCAAUUGGAGCUUGUGGAGAGUCAGAGUGCCUCCAGAAUGUUCCUAGAAUUGAAAGAUGGGACUGAAUGGCAUGGGAUCAGCUUCGGUUCACAAAAGAGCGCGGCCGGAGAACUCGUGUUCCAAACAGGCAUGGUCGGAUACCCAGAGUCCAUUACAGAUCCUUCUUAUCAUGGCCAAAUACUUGUCAUCACGUACCCUUUGGUUGGUAAUUAUGGGGUCCCUUCCCGUUCAACACGAGACGAAAUGCUAGGAAACUUGCCAGCCCAUUUCGAAUCCCCACGGAUACAUAUAGCUGGCCUCGUCGUGGCUUCGUAUUCGGGAGAGGACUACUCUCAUCACUUAGCAACCUCUUCGCUCGGUACAUGGCUGAAAGAGCAGGGUGUCCCAGCGAUGUAUGGGGUCGAUACUAGAGCCUUGACCAAGAAUAUCAGGACAAAGGGCAGCAUGCUAGGAAGAAUGCGUUUGGAAGAGGCGAUCGAAAGGGGUAGAUUCAUUCAUGCCAAUGAUACCGAAAGUGCCACAGCCAUCUAUGAUGAAAUUGAUUGGUUAGAUCCUAAUGCGAAAAAUCUUGUUGCUGAUGUCUCUACCAAGGAGCCUCACCUGUACCAACCUUCUCGAGCUAAUCUUGUCCGUCAUCCAUGUGGACGUGCGCUGCGGGUACUCUGUGUUGAUGUAGGUUUGAAAUUAAAUCAAUUGCGGUGCCUCCUGUCACGCGGUUUAGAGGUACUUGUUGUCCCGUGGGACUAUGACUUUCCCAAAUUAGGCGGAAAUGACUACGAUGGCCUUUUCAUUUCCAACGGGCCUGGAGAUCCCGCAACGCUUUCUAGUACAGUGAGACACUUGUCUGUGGCUUUGGAAGAAGCCCGUACUCCGAUCUUCGCGAUAUGCUUAGGCCAUCAACUACUCGCUCGGGCAGCCGGUGCACGAACGUUGAAGAUGGCAUUUGGCAAUAGAGGUCAUAACAUCCCAUGCACGCAUAAAACGUCAGGGAGGUGUUAUAUCACGUCUCAGAACCAUGGAUACGCGGUGGAUCCUCUGAGCCUGCCGCCAGACUGGGAGGAGCUCUUCGUCAAUGCCAACGAUGAGAGCAAUGAAGGUAUUAGACAUAGGUCACGUCCAUAUUUCAGCGUUCAAUUUCACCCGGAAAGUACACCGGGACCUCGGGAUACGGAAUUUCUUUUCGAUAUUUUUGUCAAUGCUAUAAACGACAAUGCCUCUUCGACGAAGGCAAUGAUGUACCCUAUCAAGCUUCCUGGAGAAUCUGCAGAUGGUGGCCAGGAGUCGUACCCAAGGACGAUUCCCAAGAAAGUAUUAGUGCUAGGUAGUGGAGGCCUUAGCAUUGGUCAAGCCGGCGAGUUUGAUUAUUCUGGAAGCCAAGCUAUCAAAGCCCUGAAGCAGGAAGGGAUCUACACGAUUUUGAUCAAUCCCAACAUUGCAACGAUACAGACAUCCAAAGGACUUGCCGACAAAGUCUACUUUCUGCCAGUCACAGCGGAUUCUGUCCGUAAAAUAAUAAAGCACGAACGUCCGGAUGCAAUCUACGUCACAUUUGGAGGUCAGACAGCGCUUCAAGUGGGCAUACAACUACGAGAUGAAUUGGCGGGCCUGGGUGUUCAAGUUCUGGGCACGCCGAUCGAUACCAUCAUAACCACGGAAGACCGCGAGCUUUUUGCACGCAGCAUGGAAUCAAUAGGCGAGAAGUGUGCCCAGUCAGCUUCUGCGAACUCCGUCCAAGAAGCUGCGCAAGCUGUGAAGUCGAUUGGCUAUCCGGUCAUUGUACGUGCCGCCUAUGCAUUAGGAGGCCUAGGAAGCGGAUUCGCCGAGAAUGAGCAGCAAUUGCUCGAACUUUGUGAGAAAGCGUUUUCAGCAAGUCCUCAAGUCCUCAUUGAGAGGAGCAUGAAAGGCUGGAAAGAGAUUGAGUACGAAGUGGUUCGUGACGCGAAGAACAAUUGCAUCACAGUGUGCAACAUGGAAAAUUUUGAUCCCUUAGGCAUACACACCGGAGACUCUAUUGUUGUGGCUCCUUCGCAAACUUUGUCUGAUGAGGACUACAACAUGCUCCGAACAACAGCUGUGAAUGUUAUUCGGCAUCUUGGCGUCAUCGGUGAAUGCAACAUUCAAUAUGCCCUGAACCCUUUCUCCAAAGAAUACUGCAUUAUUGAAGUCAAUGCUCGUCUUUCGAGGUCUUCAGCUCUAGCUUCCAAAGCGACUGGAUAUCCGUUGGCAUUUAUCGCAGCCAAAUUAGGCCUGGGCAUACCUCUAAAUGAGAUCUCUAACAGUGUGACGAAGGUCACUUGCGCUUGCUUUGAGCCGUCGCUCGAUUAUGUGGUAGUCAAAAUACCAAGAUGGGAUCUGAAGAAAUUUACCAGAGUCUCUACCCACUUGAGCUCGUCAAUGAAGAGCGUGGGUGAAGUCAUGAGCAUCGGCAGGUCUUUUGAAGAAGCUAUACAAAAGGCAAUUCGAUCUAUUGACUUCCACAACAUUGGCUUCAACGAAACUAAAGCCCUCAUGUCAAUUGAUAAUGAGUUACAGACACCUUCUGAUCAGAGACUCUUCGCUAUUGCUAACGCCAUGCAUUCUGGCUACACCGUCGAUAAGAUCUGGGAAAUGACCCAGAUUGACAAAUGGUUUUUACGCAAGCUAAAAGGGCUGAGCGAUUUUGGAAAGCUCAUGACUUCAUACGAUACUACAUCAGUACCAAGGUCCCUGUUCAGGCAAGCCAAACAAUUGGGCUUCUCAGAUCGCCAGCUGGCAGGGUUUUGGGGCUCUAACGAGCUCGCUGUUCGGCGUGCUCGCGUAGAGGCAGGUAUCACCCCCCUUGUCAAACAGAUCGAUACUGUUGCCGCCGAAUUUCCAGCCUUCACCAAUUAUCUGUACCUCACUUACAAUGGCAAAAGAGAUGAACAUGAUGUUCCUUUCAAUGACCACGGAGUCAUGGUAGUGGGCUCUGGCGUAUACCGGAUAGGCUCGUCUGUGGAAUUUGAUUGGUGCUCGGUGCGAGCCAUACGAACCAUCAGAGAACAGGGCUUCAAGACUGUGAUGGUCAACUACAACCCUGAGACCGUCAGUACAGACUACGAUGAAGCAGACAGGCUUUACUUCGAGACCAUCAACCUGGAAACAGUUCUUGACAUCUACCAAUUGGAGACCUCUAGUGGCAUCAUUAUAUCCAUGGGAGGACAGACACCUAAUAAUAUCGCUUUGCCAUUGUCUAGAUUGAAUGUCAAAGUAUUGGGCACGUCACCGGACAUGAUUGACAUGGCCGAGAACCGAUUUAAAUUCUCUCGCAUGCUUGAUAGAAUCUUUGUUGACCAGCCCGCUUGGAAGGAAUUGACAAGCUUCGAAGAUGCAGCUUCAUUCUGCGAAAAAGUCUCAUAUCCCGUUUUAGUGCGACCGUCAUAUGUUUUAUCCGGAGCUGCAAUGAACACAGUGUACUCUCAAGAUGAUCUUGCAAAUUACCUGAACCAGGCUGCUGAGGUUUCGAAGGAACACCCAGUCGUCAUCACAAAGUAUAUUGAAAACGCGAAAGAGAUCGAGAUGGAUGCUGUCGCUCGUGAUGGAAAAAUGCUUGGCCAUUUCAUCUCCGAGCACGUAGAGAACGCUGGUGUCCACUCUGGAGAUGCUACGCUUAUUUUGCCCCCGCAAGAUCUUGACCCUGAGACUGUUCGACGCAUAGAGGAUGCCACCAGAAAGAUAGGCGAUGCAUUGACAGUGACUGGACCAUUCAAUAUUCAAUUCAUCGCGAAGGACAAUGAGAUCAAGGUCAUCGAGUGUAACGUAAGAGCAUCUCGAUCUUUUCCGUUCGUCUCAAAGGUCAUGGGCAUAGAUCUUAUCGAGAUGGCAACCAAAGCUAUCAUGGGCGUUGAAGUUGCUGAAUACCCUCCCGUGGAGAUACCGAAUGAAUAUGUGGGAGUCAAGGUGCCGCAAUUCUCCUUUUCUCGAUUAUCUGGAGCGGAUCCAGUGUUGGGUGUGGAGAUGGCAUCUACUGGAGAGGUCGCUUGCUUUGGUCGUGAUAAAUAUGAGGCGUAUAUAAAAGCACUAGUCUCUACUGGCUUUCGACUACCCAAACAGAACAUCCUGCUUUCGAUUGGCUCUUUCAAGGACAAGGCUGAAUUGUUGCCCUCAAUCAGAAAGCUACACCAAUUAGGUUACAAGCUCUUUGCUACGGCUGGGACUGCGGACUACCUACAGGAGCACGCGGUCCCUGUCCAAUACCUAGAAAUUCUAAGCAAUGAAUCGCAGAAUCAAAAGUCUGAAUUCUCAUUGACGCAGCAUUUGGCGAACAAUCUUAUCGACUUAUACAUAAAUUUACCAUCCAGCAACAGGUUUCGUCGACCAGCGAACUAUAUGAGCCAAGGUUACAGGACUCGACGUAUGGCAGUAGAUUUUCAAACGCCCCUCGUCACCAAUGUGAAGAAUGCAAAGAUACUCGUUGAAGCUAUUGCAAGACAUUACGACUUCGAAAUACAGAACAUCGAUUACAAAACUGGCCACCGCACACUAGUUCUCCCUGGCCUAAUUAAUGUCAGCGCCUUCAUUCCCGGGAUAGCUUCUGCAACGAGUCGAGAUUUCAAGUUAGUCACAAGUUCAUCCAUUGCAGCAGGUUUUACAAUGAUCAGAGUGCUACCAAUAGGCUUAAAAGGUGCACUUGAUGAUGCGCGCUCUCUUAAAAUGGCGCAAAAAAGCAGCCGGUCCUCAGCAUUUUGCGAUUAUAACUUCUCUGUGGCAGCAACUUCCUCGAACGAUGAGCAGAUAGCUCAGGUAGUGGACGAAGUCGGAUGUCUUUUCAUCCCAUUCAAUCAUGUAGCCGGCAAUAUCAACAAAGUAGCUGCGAUAACUUCACACUUUGCUUCUUGGCCAACUGGCAAAUCGCUCAUUACAGAUGCAAGAACAACCGAUCUUGCCUCAGUACUUUUACUUGCGAGUCUGCAUGACCGAAAGCUACACGUCACCAGUGUCACCACGGAGGAGGACAUCAAUCUCAUCGCUUUGAGCAAGUCAAAAGGGCUUAAGGUGACAUGCGAUGUUUCUGUAUAUUCGCUCUUUCUUUCGCAGUCCGAGUAUCCUCAGUGCAGAAACCUCCCAACUUCUGGUGAUCAGUUAGCACUCUGGAAGAACAUGGACAGAAUAGACGUCUUCUCAGUAGGGAGCCUGCCGUACGAGGUCGCAGUCGCGGCCAACGCGGAUGCAUCGCCAGAUAUAGGCAUCUUAGAUACUCUACCAUUACUGCUUACGGCCGUCUCGGAGGGAAGACUCAAGGUUGAGGAUAUUACAACAAAGCUAUACGACAAUCCAAAACGCAUAUUUGAGCUGCAUGAUCAGCCAGGUACGGCCGUCGAAGUAGAGAUAGACCGGCCAUAUGUCAUGCAGGCUUCGGCAGUCUGGUCUCCAUUCGUUUCAAGGACUUUAACGGGAUCUGUACAACGUGUAAUCUUCCAGGAUCAACUGACUUGUCUUGACGGCGAGCUCAUACGAGACCCGGGCUUUGGUAAGGAUGUUUCGGCUCACACCUUGCCUAAAACUUCCCAAUUUUCAUCACCAGCAAUACGUCCUGAGAGCCCGUUGAGUCGCCGUCAAUCGCUUAUAUUUUCAAAGAGCACACCACGGGUACGACAACUAGGUGUUCAGUCUGCGAUGUCUCCAAUUGCUACAACGACAAUGAUGGAGAGCCAUAUACCCCCACUACCACCACCAAUGCCUCAAUCAUCACAUGAACUUACCAGUCUUCUCUCACGCUCUCCCUUCAGGAGACGGCAUAUCCUCUCGGUCACACAAUUUAGCCGUCAAGAGCUCCACCAUCUUUUCACCGUAGCCGCUGAAAUGGAUAGAGCAGUUAAACGCCAGGGUGUGAUCGACGUCCUAAAAGGCCAAGUUCUAUGCACACUUUUCUACGAACCCUCCACUAGGACAAGUGCCUCUUUUGACGCCGCAAUGCAGCGACUAGGCGGCCGCACAGUCGCAAUAGCCACGUCUCAAUCGUCAACCCAGAAGGGCGAAACACUCCAAGAUACAAUUCGUACCUUAGCCUGCUACGGCGAUGCUAUUGUCCUACGCCACCCAGACCCUUCCAGCGCAGCCACAGCAGCAAAGUUCUCUCCCGUUCCCAUUAUCAACGGCGGCAACGGCAGCGUUGAGCAUCCUACUCAAGCCUUCCUCGAUCUCUUCACCAUAAGAGAGGAACUUGGCACUGUGAACGGUCUCACCAUAACAUUUACUGGCGACCUCCGCUACGGCCGCACUGUACACUCUCUCAUAAAGCUACUCCAGCACUACGAUGUGCGCGUACAGCUGAUCUCGCCUCCUUCCCUAGCUCUCCCAGCAGAAGUUCGGCAGCAAUUAAUUGGUACGGGGCAGCUGAUUCUGGAAGCGAGUGAGCUCACGAAGGAGGCUGCGGCGAGGAGCGACGUGCUGUACUGUACUCGGCUGCAAAAAGAGAGGUUUGAAGAUCCCGGCGAGUAUGAGCGGUUGAGGGGUGGACUGGUGGUGGAUAAUGCGACUCUCAAGCAUGCAAAACCGCAUAUGAUUGUUAUGCAUCCGUUGCCGAGAAAUGAGGAAGUCGGGGAGGAGGUUGAUUUUGAUCAGAGGGCAGCAUAUUUCAGACAGGUGAGUGAUGAUUUCGAUGCUCUGUGUUGGACGUAUGCUGACAUCAGCUUUAUAGAUGCGGUAUGGCUUAUACUGCAGAAUGGCUUUGUUGGCUUUGGUGCUGGCUCCUUAGACUGCAAGAAUUGUCUGGGGACUAUGAGUAUAUGCGCUUGGAAAGAGGACUACAUAUAG